AUGGGAAAGCCAAGCGAUAUCCCCGAUCCCCAAUUGGAUGAUGAAGAUAUCGAGCAUAUACUAAGGAAUGAAGAUGAACUUUUUAAUCACGGUUUAAUUGACUUGGGCGAUAAUGAAACUGUCCAUGAGAAAUCAAAACGUAUAGAAGACACCACUCCUGAAAUAGAAGAUAUUGUGAAUCCAAGUAGUGAUUUCAAUGCAAUGCUAUCGCCAUUACAAUACCAAGAUGAAGAAAUUAGGCCGGAAGAUAUCAAUAAACAAGAGAUGAGUACACAGCUAGUACGCAGACCACAUACACCAUAUGGACUUUAUCAAAAUAUGAUGGGUAAUAGUGCCCAGCAAGGUGGGACCACAACUGGAAUAUCCAAUGUUCCAGGAACUCCGACAUCAAUGCUACCUAACGCAUUGAUGAAGCCUAUAAGUACCCACUAUAACGGAGAUGCAAGUGCGAACCUAAUUGGGAAUAAGAUAAGAGAUGCAAUUAAUGGACAAGGUAGGUCAAGAACAGGGACAAAUAGUGCACGUCGUGGACAUAACCAAAAGACUCGACCAACAUUCGUGAAUAAGGUGUGGAAUAUGGUUAAUGAUGAUAACAAUGCAGAACUGAUACGAUGGUCAAGUGAUGGCCUGAGUAUUGUCAUUAAUAAUCGAGAAGAGCUAGUACGAGAAAUUCUUCCGAAAUAUUUUAAGCAUUCCAAUUUUGCAUCAUUUGUCCGUCAAUUGAACAUGUACGGUUGGCAUAAGGUUCAAGAUAUACGAUCUGGAUCUAUCCAAAAUAGUGUAGAAGAUAAAUGGCAAUUUGAGAAUGAGAAUUUCAUAAAAGGGCGUGAAGACUUGUUGGAGAACAUAGUAAGACAAAAAUCUCAAACCAGUCAAGGACAGGGCCUUGCGAAUGGACCUCACGGCACACGUAAUAUACAAGAUACAAUUAAUUCAAUUGCUAGCUCGUUAAAUUUCAACAGUAACCUACUCUUGACAGGAAACGAUAGCAACAAUGGAGAUAAAACAAACACCAAUGGCCCUACAAGUGUAAACGUAGCAGCAUUAUUGGGUGAACUAGAACAAUUAAAAUACAACCAAGUGGCAAUUUCGAAAGAUCUUUUAAGAGUGAGCAAAGAUAAUGAAAUGUUAUGGAAGGAGAAUAUGCUUGCAAGAGAACGCCAUCGUAACCAACAAGAUGCAUUGGAGAAGAUACUUCGUUUUUUGGCAUCCUUAGUGCCUCAUAUUGAUCAAAAGAUGUUAACCGACCGUAUUCUUUCUAGCACUGGCAAUAUAGACGAUGCCGCAACGAACAUGGCUGGGAACAUUCCUAGUAGAUUUGAAGAUACGACUGGAUUAGAUUUGAAAGGCAGUGAUGCCACUAGUGAUUCAAUUUCAGGAAGUCUGAACAAUAUUAAUGACUUCAACAGUAAUAUUAACAAUUUCAAGGCUGGUACAACAAUUACUACAGCUACAGGAACAGGAAAUGCAUCGAGAACAAUGCCAACUGGAGAAAUGCUUCCUAAUGACAAUAUCAAAGGUUCAGGUUUUGGAGGACUUGGUGGUAUCAAUACAAAUAUAAAUAACAACAUCCCAGGUAUCGGUGGCAGUGGUAGCGGAUUAACUCCAUAUGAAACUGCGCUUGGUGAAGGCCAUGAGUUUCCAUUUGAACUAGAUUCAUUACAUGAUCCAUCCGUCGAGACCUUUUCACCAUUAGAUGACGGCGGCUUCACGAGCAAACCAAGAUUCCUGUUGAAGAGUGGAUUAAGUCCUGGAAUUAUUUCCGGAGAAGGAUUGGAUAGCGGUGACAGUAGCGGAAGAAUCAGUGAAAUUCCGUACCACGAAUCGGAAACUGCUUCUACUGCGUCCGCUACCCCACCUUUACUUCCAGAAAUACAACAACAGCCGCAUACUGGAAUGGGAAUGGGAGCAAACGACAAGGAUGAUCUAGAAUUGCAAGAUCUGGAGAGGUCUAUGGAACGUGCUUCAAUUCCACCAUUACAUAAUUUCGAAGGAAUAGUAAACGAACUUUCGCCUUCAAUAGAAGAUGUUGACGUUGACGUUAUUAACACUGAUAAGAAGAAUGGUAACAGAAAUCGCGGUAAGAGAAGCGCUGAAGAGAACGACGAUUCCAUGUUAUCUACAUCCAAACGCCCCCACAAAACAUCUAAAUAG